AUGGGAUCAUUUUCCGUCUUCUUCGUCCUUCUGGGUAAGUUCAACGCAUUUUUGUAAUUUCUCAUCAAAUUUAUGUUUCAGGCAUCGGCAUCAUUCCUCUGAUCUCGGCAGCAUGGCCGAACACCACCACAACCCUGUCGCCUUUCGAGGAAAAAGGAGGAUCUUCAAUUUCCGGUGAGAAUUUUUAUUUCCAGUACAUUUCAGUAAAAAAACGUGUUUCAGGAAUGUGGGUGACGUGUCAUACUUCUCUGGAGAAUUGCCUGGAAGCUUGUUACAUGAGCUGCUACAUCACGGACCUGUGCAAUGAUCAACCAGAUUUGGCCGCCUGUGCUCCCGGAUUGACACAGUAA